AUGAAGCUGAAGAUGGCCCAGGUCGCGGUGGCAGACACCGACGGCAAGAUGGCGAUGCAAGCGGUUGAGUCGGCGUUCCAGCUUGAGAUUGCAAGAAAUGCGGAAACGCGAGUCACGAAAUUGGAAGGUCUCUCCAUUCUUGCCGUGAUCGGAGAGGGCAUGAAGAACUCCACCGGAAUUUCUGGCCGCUUCUUCAACGCCCUGGGACGCUCGAAGGUGAACAUCGUGGCCAUCGCCCAGGGCUCCUCCGAAAGAAAUAUCUCUGCCGUGGUCAGCCGGGAGGACCUUUCGCUUGCCUUGCGUGCCACGCACGAUGCCUUUUUGAUGAAGGAGUCAACGAUCUCUGUGAGUGUCGUGGGCGGCGGAGAGAUUGGAACCGCCUUUGUUCGCCAGCUGGUACGUUGGAGCACUGACGAGGGACGAGACUUCGCUCUUCCUUCACUGAGGGAGGUCCAGUACAUCAACAUCGACCUCCGCUCCUUCUGCGAUUCCAACAAGAUGCUUCUCGCGCAGAAAGGGCUGCCUCUGACGAAACUCCAGGAGAACAUCACGAACGGAGUCUUCAACUUGAAAGACAUGGCAGACGAGUGGGAGAAGUCAGGCAAAGCGGUAAGUGAUGCCCUGUCUGCGGGAGUUGAGAUGGCGGACACAGACCUGGAGCAUUUCAUCCAGUUCACGGAGUCCAAGGAGUACCCGCAUAAGGUGAUCGUCGACUGCAGCAGCUCCGCAGACAUAGCUGCAAAGUAUCCGGAGUGGCUGCGACGCGGCUUCCAUGUUGUUACUCCCAACAGGUCCGCACUGAUUGGUCCCUACAAGCAGUACGAAGAAUGCUUGCAGCAAGUGGGGCAGAGAAGAGCUGCACAGUUCCGCUACGAUGCCACG